CGAUUCGCCAUGUUUCCAGCAAUAUUUCCUGAAACAAUUUCUGCACAGUCAGCAAAAACGGGAGUGCCCGCAAUUCCAAACAAACCAGGCAGGCAACAGCAAGGGGUGGUGGCUUGCGUUCGGAAACGUGUGGACCAUGAGCGGCUGGCUCACGGACCUGUUGCUCCUUGGCGAAGACGAAGAAGAGAGGAUGGAGCGCUUGCGGCACGAGGAAGCCGUGCGACGGCAACAAGAAGAAGAACAAGAAGAACAAGAAGACCCGCAGGGCGCGAAGGACACCCAACACAAUGACCUUAAUGAUGAGGUUAGCGAUGGUGAUGAGGGUGAUGAUGAGGGUGGUGAUGGCCGCGCGACCGGGGUUGGCGGCAAGAGCGCUGCUCGGGAUGACACAGACGAUCAGGUGAAGGAGCAGCAGGAGACGACACAAAGGAGAAAUAAACCCCAGAAGCCUCGCUCGGCUCAAGCAACCACGCGGACAGGUGCCGCCCUGGCUACGGGACAGCAACCCCACUCUCCGCACCGCACCCUGGCAGAGGAUAUCGAACACGAACUUGAUGAGAUUGCUGCAGGUUUCAUGAGCUUCGUUGGCCAGGCCCGAAGCUUCGGCACCAGCCUGAUUGAGUCUGCCGGGGAAACACUCAAGGCGUUUGACUCUGGCAUGGAGCAGCUGAGCAUCGAGGAGCGCUUGGAUCCGCGCCCCAUCCGCCUCCUUACCGUCGGCAUCAUGGGAUCAGGCACUGACUCCCACGCUGAGCUUGCCUGUCCGCUUGCGCAGUGGCUGGCCAAGCGCGGGUACAAUCUGCUGACGGGUGGCGGGCGCGGCGUGAUGCAAGCAGCCAGCAAGGCGUUUGUCUCCGUGCGAAAGCGUCACGGACGAUGCGUCGGCGUUGUUCGCUCAAGCGAAGACAACCGCACGCCAUACCCCGGGUACCCAAACCCAUAUGUUGAGAUCCCCAUCAUCACGCACUUGGCAGGCAAGGACAACAGCCCUCAGAGCCGCAACCACAUCAACAUCCUCACCAGCGACAUCAUCGUCUGUCUUCCCGGCAGCAAAGGCACCGCCUCUGAGCUUGCUCUCUCCGCCCUGUACGACAAGCCCGUGUGUGUGUUUUCGGGGCCAACGAAGCCGCCGCCAGCCGGAGCAGAGACGCUCGACGUCCCCGUGUACACACAACUGGAGGAGGUGCAGGCGUUUAUUCUCCAGGAAAGCGCGAAACUGCAGCGUGAGGAGCAGCGCAAGCAACGCCGCCUACUCCAGAAAGAACAACGACAACAGCAACAGCGCGACCAAGAGGACGCGCCAACCCACCAGCGACAGGCGCACGCGGAGCAAACUGCUGAGUCAGCACAACCGGACACAGCCGCAACUGUCACGCCUGCUGCUAGAGCUUCAACGUCAACGAAGCAGCAGCAGCAGCAGCAGCAGGGCAGGGGGGAACCAGGCAUCAGCAGCGACGAUGAUGACCGAGAUGGCGAUGAAGGAGGAAAUGAUGAUGAGGAGGGGGAAGGGGAAGGCAAUGAGAAAGAGGCAGAGGGGGGUGAGAAGCGUGCGCACAAGGACAAGAAUGCGGUGCCAGCUGUCAGCGGUGGCGCUGGUGUCGACGGCGCGGAGACGGGAGCAGAGGGCAGGCAGGCAAGCAAGAAGCGUCCCGCCAAGGGAGAAGGAAAGAAGCAGACAACAGCAAAGGCCAAAGCCAAGAAGACGGAGCAGAAGAACGCCGGCAAGAAGGCGCCGCCAACAGUUGCAGACGCUCGCGAUGCUGAUGGAGACGAUGCUGAUGUUGCUGAUGAAAAUGAUCACGAUGACAGUGACGGUGUGGUUGUCGUGGACACGCCAUCCACGACAGGCGCGCGUGCACGUGCAAGUGUGCCGGAUCUCCAGCUUCCACCGCACACGACCACAAGCACGAGCACGCAGACGAGCGGAGAGGAUGAGGAGCCCGUGCUGAGUCCCGCUGAGCUGCAGGAGUUGCGAAUGGCCAUGCAAGAUGAGGACUGACGUGAUGCAAUCAAGUCUCAGCACUGCCAUUUGGCUGUGUUUUGUUGUGUGUGUGUGUGUGUGUGUGUGUGUGUGUGUGUGUGUGUGUGUGUGUGUGCCUCAUGUGUGCUCCUCCUACUGUUUCGCUUGUUUGGCUGGUGGUUGGACCGGUUUUUGCUUUGCGACGUGAGUGCGUGUGCCGGCGCUUUGUGUUGGUUUCCUUUUUGUUUGCCAGUGCGGCGGUUGGUUGUUUGCUUUCAACUGCCCUUUCUUCGCCGCACUCGUUUGUUUCCCUCUCCCCUUAACGUGUGUAGCCGCCUAACUAAUUGCUUAUCCUAAACUCAAUUGCGUUUCACAUCCACGUCUGUGGUGAACUGCACGAAUGAAUACAUAACUGGCUCCGCCAAAGUCUUUGCUCGAUGCACCGUCACUGGCGCCAAG